CCCCCCAUCAUCAACUAACCACAAACUUCAACACAAGAAUCCCUUUUCCUAAUCUAUAACCUGCACAUUAUUAUACAUACAUACAUACAUCCAUAGUCACAUCCAUACACCUACCUACCUACCUACGACUCGGUUUCAAAGCUCCAAGCCGCCCCGCACCAACGAGGUACCUAGUCCAAUGUCAUCAACCACCAAAGAUACCCCUCCGCUUCAACUGCAACGCUCGGAAAUCGACCUAUUCGAGCAAUUGACCUCCUACCCAUUCACCACAGAUCGCGAGUUCGCAACAGGCCUCUCCAUAAUCCUAGGACACCCGGAAACCCCAGCUUCGGAGGACGAGAUAUCGCGCAAUGAUGAUGAUCUGGUGUUACAAGCGAAAUGCUAUUACUUUUCAAGGAAAGAAAAAUUAGCGUCGCCGCUGCGUGUCGCAACGUAUAAAUCUUGGUUGCAAUCAAGAACAACACCAGCUUCGUUCGUAAAUCCUAUGAUGACGUCUGGGACUGAAGCCCAACAACCCAGCACAUUAGAAACACCCGUCCCUUCCGCAUCUGCACAAGCAGGCCAUCCAUCAACAAAUCCAAAGGAGGAACCUAAUUAUCCCACCUCGUUUGCACAUAUAGUGGAACUAAUUACGACGGGUCAACCGAUCCCGGGGAUUCAAGACAUCCCCGACACUAUCCUAGAAGGCCAAGAUACCCCAAGCACCAAACCAAGGAGACGGAAACCCUGGGAAAAGGAGGAUUCUCCCGAGGCUGCCUAAGUCUCCAAAAUGUGGAAUUCAAGUGGUGAUCGGGGCUACACUGCCGAAACAUGGCCCUGAUGCUACUUGAAAAACAAGAAAGAACAGAAAAACAGCUAAACAGCUAAACAGGAAAGGAGUCGUGUAAUAAACUGAUCAUUAGGAAUAGACAUUUAUCUAGCAAGUAGCUUUGCCGCUACAGGCCAAGCUCCGCACAACCAACCGGCUCUAAUCUUUCAAGACCUCCAUCACAGUUCCGCCGUAAAAUGUUGGCCACCUUAAUGAACAACUUGUCCUUGCCUCCCGCUCAUGUAAGAUAGGAAAGAAAGCCCUAGUGCUUUUUGUUGUUUUAAAAAAUAGACAGUAGAAAGCCAAAGAGGUCACGGAA